AUGAGUCGCUCCGCCGCGGGUCUGAUGCUGACGCUGGGGAUGCUGGGAUGCCUCGCACCGGGAGGCGUCACCUGCGCGAGGCCCGUGGAGUACGCGCUGUCCUCUGCGGACACCCGGCACGCGGAGGAGCAGCGGCUCUAUCCACAGGCCAGUCAUGAGAAUCUCAGAAGUCUUGAGAUGGACGAUUUUACCCUCAAAGAAGCCCCCACCACUACUAAAGUCAGCUCCCCCACGAUCCUGAAGCUGUAUCCCUCCGCCGGGAGGCCGACGCUGCUCCACGCUAACCUGCCCCUGCGCUUCGGCCGCGCCUCGUCCUGGGGGGCGGUACGGAUGCCCAAAUCCGCCCUCAACCUGCCCCAGCGCUUCGGCAGGUCGCAGGUGCUGGACGCACCUGUCCCGCUCCCGUGCCACCAGUGCACGCGCUCCGGAGGCGUGGCUUCCCCUUCCGCCACGCUCCCGCAGAGAUUCGGCAGAACCGCCCUGUACACGAGACCCGGCCGCUCCCGUGAAAUCCUCACGCGUGGAUUCGUCACAGACCUGCUGCACAGAAGGUAA